CCCAAAACCCUUAUUCCUUCUUCGUCGUUUCAUACUUUCAUCCCCGGGACGGCAAGACUGGGCGAGCUCCAUUGUCGGCGCCAAUCGACUCUCUCCAUCGCCGACUUCACUGUUUCAUCCUUCGUCGAACAUUCGGAACUUCUUCAGCAAUCUGUUUGUAAUGGAGAAGGUAAAGAAAUCGCAGAAAUCGUCAACUAAACCUGCAGAGGACAUCAACGUUCUGAAAAAUGAAAUCGCUUCGUUUGCUUCAUCCAUCGGCCUCUCCUCCUUUCCGUCUGCCACUUCCGGCUUCGAUGACUCCGAUUUCCGGAAGCCCGGCCCGUCCAAAACUAUCAAUAAGCCACCAGCUAACCAGAAGCCAUACAAACAGAGGGAGAAUGUCAAGGGAAACAAUGACAACAUGAAUUUCAAGCAGAAUAAGAUGGCUCAACCUAAGCAGAAUCCGUUAGACUUCAAUGCUGUUAAUAAUUUGACGAAGAGUUUUGAUAAAUACAAGGGCCUUCCGAAGCUUCCCCUCAUGAAAACCAGUGCAUUGGGAGUGUGGUACGAGGAUGCUGCUGAACUGGAGGAAAAGGUGAUUGGGAAGAAGAAGGUUGAGUUCAAGAGCGUUGAAGAAUGGAAGGCAUUAGUGCAGAGGAAACAAGAGCUGGGUGAGAGGUUAAUGGCUCAGUUCGCAGCUGACUAUGUGUCCUCUAGUGGAGAUACGAAAAUGCUAUCUAACACCCAGAGGUCAGGGACAGCUGCAGAUAAGGUGUCUGCUUUUUCCAUCAUGAUUGCUGACAAUCCUGUUGCAAAUUUGAGGUCGCUGGAUGCUCUUUUGGGAAUGGUCACAUCUAAAGUUGGAAAGCGACAUGCACUCACAGGUUAUGACUCUUUGAGAGAACUCUUUGUUUCCAGUCUUUUACCUGAUCGCAAAUUGAAGACGCUCUUUCAGCGGCCUCUAAAUCAUGUCCCUGACACAAAGGACGGCCACUCUCUUUUGCUCUUAUGGUAUUGGGAGGAUUGCUUGAAGCAAAGGUAUGAAAGGUUUGUUAUUGCUCUCGAAGAAGCUUCAAAAGAUGUGUUAGAUGCCCUUAAGGACAAGGCAUUGAAGACCAUUUAUGUGUUGUUGAGGAGCAAAUCCGAACAAGAACGCCGCCUGCUCACUUCUCUAGUAAACAAACUUGGAGAUCCUAAUAGCAAAGCUGCAUCUAAUGCUGAUUAUCACCUGCUAAAGCUCCUCGGUGAGCAUCCUAAUAUGAAGGGUGUGGUGAUUAAUGAAGUAGAUACUUUUCUUUUUCGCCCUCAUCUUGGAAUGAGAGCCAAGUACCAUGCCGUUAACUUUCUAAGCCAAAUUCGAUUGAGUAACAAUGGAGAUGGGCCUAAGAUAGCCAAACGUUUGAUAGAAGUAUAUUUUGCCCUUUUUAAGGUAUUGAUUUCUGAGGCGGAUAAAGGACACAAGAAGAACAAAGAGAAUGCAGGAAAAAAAUUGGAGGAUAAUGUAAAAGAUAGUGAAUUGGACAAUACAUCUGGAUUGCAUGUUGAGAUGGAUUCACGGAUAUUGUCAGCCCUUUUAACCGGUGUCAACAGAGCCUUCCCAUAUGUUGCAAGUAAUGAAGCUGAUGAGAUCGUUCAGAUCCAGACACCUAUAUUGUUUCAGCUGGUUCAUUCUAAGAGCUUCAAUGUUGGGGUUCAAGCGUUAAUGUUACUUGAUAAGAUCUCAUCAAAAAAUCAAGUUAUUAGUGAUAGAUUUUACCGCGCCUUGUACUCAAAGCUUCUACUACCAGCUGCUAUGAAUUCUUCAAAGGAAGAAAUGUUUUUUGGCCUGCUUCUAAGGGCCAUGAAAAAUGAUAUAAAUUUGAAGCGUGUUGCUGCUUUUGCAAAGCGUUUGUUACAGGUUUCUAUACAGCAGCCGCCACAAUAUGCAUGUGGGUGUCUUUUCCUUCUCUCUGAAGUCCUCAAAGAAAAGCCUCUUUGGAACAUGAUGCUCCAAAGAGAAUUUGUUGAUGACGAUCUUGAACAUUUUGAAGAUGUUAAAGAAGACGAAAAUCAAGCAAGUCCUACAACAAAUAGAACGACUGACACUGAGGAUACUCACUCAGAUGAUGAAAUAGAUGAAGAAUGCUCCUCUCUCGAUGAAGACUAUUUUGACUCCAAAGAUGAUGGUCAGCUAGAUGACUUGUUUCUGAAAAAUGGUUUAGAUGAACCUAUGAAAUCUACACCAAGCUCCGACCUUUACAAAUUUGAAGCCCAAACUUCAAAUGGAAGUCUUUUGAUUCCAGGUGGUUACAACAUUCGGCACCGAGAGCCUUCUUUCUGCAAUGCAGAUAGAGUUAGCUGGUGGGAGCUCAUUGUAUUGGCUUCGCAUGCCCAUCCAUCAGUUGCUACCAUGGCAAGAACACUGCUCUCAGGGGCCAACAUUGUUUACAAUGGGAAUCCCCUUAAUGAUCUUUCCCUCACUGCAUUCUUGGACAAAUUCAUGGAAAAGAAACCAAAACAAAGCACGUGGCAUGGUGCCUCCGACAUUCAACCUGUCAAGAAGACUGAGAUGAACUUCAAAUUGUUUGGGAAAGAUAUACUGUCUUUAGCCGAGACAGAUGUUCCGCCAGAGGAUCUUGUUUUCCAUAAGUUCUAUGUGAACAAGAUGAAGUCUUCAAAGAAACCUAAGAAGAAGAAGAACAAGGACGAGGAUGACGUGGCUGAUGAGCUAUUAGAUGGGUAUGGCAGUGAUCCUGAUGAAGACUUUGCCGCAGAUGAGAGUGACAAUGAAGAACUUGACAACAUAUUGGACUCUACCGAUGCCGAUCUUGAGGAGUACGAUUAUGAUGACUUGGACAAAGUCGCUGAUGAAAGCGGCGAUGAGUUGAUCAAUGAUGAUGAUGAUGAUGUUGUUGAUGAUGCUGAUGAUGAUGAUGAUGCAGUGAAUAUCCCACCGGAUGUGUCAGAUGGGGACGACGGCCAUGAUCGUCCGAAAAAGAAACUGAAGCCACUCAAACGUAAGACAACAUCCCCUUUUGCUUCACUUGAGGAGUAUGAGCAUCUCCUAGACGAUGAAGACGAAGGCCCUAAAGACAAACCAAGUAGAGAAAAGAAAAGUAAGGACAAGAAGAAGAAGCAGAAGGUAUCCUUAUGAGUUCUUGCACCCUUCUGUUCUGAGAUAUCUCUAUUCGCCUCAUGUAAGCUUUCCCAAUUUUGAGUUUUUGUUUUCCCUUCUUGUUGCCAGUCUUUUUUUAAAAGUUAGCAUGUAACAUUAAUAUGAUAACAAGGAAAUCUUUGGUUCACGAGAUUCUUGUUAGCAUGUAAAAUUAAAUUUUCAUCUUAAAU